AUGGAAGAUGAAGUUGAUAGGAGAAAUGAGUUAUUUAUAGCUACAGAGAUUGUAUUUUUCGCGAUAAUCGGUGGUUUUGGAAAUAUAAAUCUGAUGAUAAUUGUGAUUAAGAAAAAAGAUCUAUGGUCAAAGUCAUGUGAGUUGUCUCGAUUCAGAAUUCCUGUAUAAAAUCCCUUCAGCCUACCUCACAAUUCUUCUCAGUGCCUCUCAUUUAUUCUGCCUCCUCUCCGAACUUCAGAAUGCGAUCUAUUUAUUUCUGAACAUCCACGUUCGACGAGAUCAAUGUUAUUCUAGAAUAGCGGUGUAUUUAUUUGUGAUUUCUUGGCAGGCAGCCUUGAUGUUGAUGAUUGUGGUGGAUAUGUGUGUUAUUGUGUUUUUUCAUGUGUUGUGAGUUUGAGGCCGGAAUUGAGUUCAGGGCAAUGUUCGGGAGGGUAGAUUUACCAAACUCAAAAAUUUUCCAAAAUUUUUUUUUUUUGAAUUUGUGACUUAUUUACCAAACUCAAAAAUUUUGACAACAUUUUCUAAAAAAAAUUUUUAAAUCGCGAUUCUGGUAAAUCAAUCCUCCUGAACAACGUCCAAUAUUCAGUUUUUCAUAAAAUCAUCUCUAACAUGAGUUAUGGGCUCUCAAAACCACGAAUUUUCGAAAAUUCUCGAUUUUUGGAGAUUUCGAAGUCUAAAGUCGAAUCUAUGUAAUUUAUAGAUCCAGAAUUUGUGUACGUGCUAUAAUCAGAUUUUGAUCUCUAACAAGCUGAUCUCAAAAUAUUUUAGAUUACAAAAAUUAUCACAUUUUUAAUCUAGUUUCCCAAAAUAUCUAAUUAUCCCAAAAACACUCACCUAGUUUUUCCUGAAGUAAAUUGACGUUUUGAGCAAUUUCCAUUGAAUUGAGAAGCUCUUCGGGAAGUUGUCCUCGUUUAUUUAGACUUUUUCGUUGUUCCUCAUGAUAUUUCAAUCGAUUCGAUCUGAAAACAUCAUUGAACCUACGGUUUUUCUGAAUUUUCGAAAGACAAUACGUAAAAAUCAAACCUGAAGAGAGCAAUGUGUUGAAAUAUGUCGUAGUUUCGCCUUUACAAAGAAUUACAUCGAAACCUAGAAAAACACACGAAAAAGCGUUGAAAAGAAAGAAAAACGAAAAAAAAACAAAAAAUGUUUUUCUGCUUCUGCGUACACACAAGUUUACGCGCAAUUGCACACUUUCUUGUUGCAACCGAGAUGGCUUUCUCGUUCAACACUACUAAAAUGCCGGUUUUCAAGAAAACUGAUGCGAUAUUCGGAAUUAGAAUAAAAAAUCGAGCAUAAUCAUAUGUUAAACUUUUUUGAAAACACAUUUUAACAAUGUUUACAAAUACCGGGUUGAAAAUCAUCGGUUUUGAAAAAGGAUUUAUUGAAAAUUGAUGGAAGGAAUUAUUAAUUGAUUACAACAAUUAUAACAUUUUUAAUCUAAAGUACAAAAUAUCUAGUUUCCCAAAAUAUCUUAUUAGUACUUUACCUGACCAUAGAACAUACACUAGCUUAAUUAAGACCUUAAUUAAAAAUCUAAAAAUAACGAUCUUUGCAGCUACAAAAAAACAGCCACCAAAACCUACCUCACCAUAAUUCUCACUCCACCAAUCGCCUACGGCCUUUUCAUAGCCAUAGGUGGAUACUUCUACACCAAUGAUGAUGUUCUGGAAUACUGCAAUCCACCUUUAGCAAUCACCAAGAAUUUCCGACGAAUUUGGACGCAAUCAAAUGUGGUGAUUAACACAAUGACUCUAGUGCUCUUUUUUGUGCUCUUGGUGUAUUAUUACAAUCAUCGGAAAAAUGUGCAUACUAGAGACACUCGAAAGAUUGUGAAGCGGUUGAAAGUCUCGAUUUUAUUUUUUGUAUGCACUUGGUAUCUUGGAUUGUUGGCUGGGGAGAUUGUGGAAUUCCUGAAUUUUCCGGAUGAUGUUAAGGCGGUUGUCCAUGGGAACUUGGUGAGCUAGAUCUAGAGCUAGAUCUAGAGCUAGAUCUAGAGCUAGAUCCUAGAAAUUCUUGUUUUGCAGAUCACCCCAGUGCUCUUGAGCUACACUCAAACAUUCUACAUCAUUAUUUGGCGGAGUUCGGAGUUUCGAAAAACAUUUUUGGAAUUAUGGAGUUGGGUUCCAGGGGUUAAGAAAAUGUUGAAGAAGAAAAAUAUCGUUAUGAAAGUUUCACCGGGAACGAUUUCAUAA